GCAAAACGGCAACGACUCUCGCUGGCGUGCAACGAGUGUCGGAAAAGAAAGGUGAAAUGCGACUCAGUCACGCCAAAAUGCAAGAACUGCCAUUUUCGGGGGAUCGCAUGCGAAACGACUGAUCCAAAACACCCAGAGCUUACUGUUGUGCGCAAAUACGGCGGCCACUAUCCCUUGGAAAUGGAUCAGCCUCGACAGGACUCACAGAGGACAGGCUCGACAGUCACAGCCUUGCCCACUCCGACAAGGGAAAUAGCGGGUUUCCCAAGCCCAGCAGAGACAAGUCCGGCGCCCAUGUCUGAAAUGGCACAGAGCUACUCUUCUAUAAUGAAGGCGAAUGAGACCAAUUCCUGGCUGAGUGAUGGCCCAGAAAUGGCCAUUAAUACAGAUAAUGGAUCAUGGCGCCAGAAGUUCAUGGGCGGAAGCAGUCUCCAAAGUCUCACUAUGUUUCUGGACUUGUAUAUGCAGAGAGCAGGUUUGCCCAAGAUCGGACCCUGUUUCAUGCAUGGAAUGAGUUUUGCAGAAGAAUUCGUGCCCUCCCUGAGUUUACGACUGCCUGACCUUCCGCCAGCAUCACUGACUGAUGCGUACUUGAAAGCGUACACCACGAAUAUCCACCCCAUGUUCCCUAUUCUGGAACCGGAUCAGCUGCACAGAGAUAUCCAGCGGAUUCGGGCAUAUCAAGAUGCGAACUGGAGCCCCUCUUAUGGUUUUAGAGGACUCCAUGCCUUACUGGAAGCACACGAUGUUCCUGUACUUGCCUGUAUCUAUGGAGCGAUAAGCUUAGGGGCGGAUGAGGCAGCCGGCGAUCUGACGGAAACGGGAAACGACUUUCUUGCUGCCGCCCAUGGGUUAUACGCACAUCUCAUUGGACUUCCACAUCUGAGUAGCGUUCAAGCAUUACUAUUAAUCACAUUAGCGUUGCGAGCAAGAGGCAAGGAGGGCCAGGGGUUUCAGACACUAGGCUCGGCAGUGCGCAUCUCACACAGCAUCGGAUUGCACCGACAUGUCGCGGUAGCUGAGCGAAGUCAAAACCACGAAGAAUUCCAGUCUAGACGGCAAAAAAUUGAGCUCCAUGCCAGAGUGUGGUGGACCUGCUUUGGUCUUGAAAAGCUUAUGGAACUCGAGACUACCCGUCCUUCGGCUAUGUCACAUGCGCAACAUGACAAUUUUGCACCAGAUGAAAUCUUCGCACCUAACUCACAGAACCAACUCGAGUACUUCCUCCACUGGAUACUGCUUGCCCAAAUCUGUGAAAAAAUCAAUGAACUUUUAUAUCAGCGGAACAGGAGCCAAGCCAGCACACUACAACUGCUUCAAAGUAUCGGUAGAAUUGAUUCUGCUCUUCGAGAAUGGAAGAGCAAUCUUCCCGAUGAUAUCCAACCGGAUGGGGAUAUCUACUGUUCUGAUGAAGAACGUCCACUUGCUAUAUCUCUGGCUCUCCAAUACCAUUCAACACUUAUCACGCUGCACCGAGCAUCUCUGGUGUUACCUCACAACCAGUUCAUGGAGGAAAUCAAGACAAAUUCUCAGCACCUGCCAUAUCAUCAGCGUCUCCGAAAGGGCCGCAAUCUUUGUACUGCAUCGGCAUGUGCUACUAUUAGGAUGAACGCUCAUAUGCCUGACAAAAGGAUACAAACACCUUCCUGCGCCCUCACACAGACGCUUACAGGAUGUGUUGUAUUGUCGUUAAGUAUCUUACGGCAUCCACAAUCUCGCACAGUCCGCACUGAUCUCGAGCUGCUUCGCAUGGGUACAGAGAUGGCAGAAGCUGAGUAUAAGCGGCUCGGCCAACACCCGAAGUUU